GCUGGGCCGUGCUCACGUGACAUCAUUAUUCUGCGACUCUACCGGAAGAGACGUGGCAAAAUGUCAGCUUCUGAAAACGUUCACAUUUUCUAGAUUUAGCUGACCAAGUUGGUAGAGCGGAACAUCAGUAUUUUUACAACCCUUCCUUCAUACGAAAAAGCAUCGAGGAGAAAGCUUGUGUAACAGAAGCUUGUUUUGGUGGUCACUUGUGUCUGAAUCUGUGUGUACAGUACUACAGACAGACCAUGGGUCUGUGCAAGUGUCCUAAGAGGAAGGUGACCAACCUGUUCUGCUUUGAACAUCGGGUGAAUGUUUGUGAGCAUUGCCUGGUCUCCAACCACAACAAGUGUAUAGUGCAGUCCUACCUCCAGUGGCUUCAGGAUAGUGAUUACAGCCCUAACUGUCGACUGUGCAAUAACCCACUGAUCUCCCAGGAUACUGUCAGAUUGGUCUGCUAUGAUGUAUUCCACUGGGCCUGUCUUCAUGACCUGGCAGCCCGGUUGCCCCUACACACUGCUCCUGCAGGAUACCAGUGCCCCAGCUGCCAGGGUCCAGUGUUUCCCCCUUCCAACCUGGCCAGCCCAAUAGCUGACAUGCUGAGGGAACAGCUCUCCUUAGUCAACUGGGCAAGAGCUGGACUUGGCCUACCUCUGAUUGAUGAACCUGUAGAAGCUAUUCAAGACAGCACACAGGAUGUCACUGAUUAUGCUGACUGGUCCACAUUUGAUGCCCCAGCAUUGGAGACCACUGAAGCUUACCCCACCCACUCCUACACCCCCAGCCCAGCCCCUAGUCUAGUUCCACCUCCAGUACAGGAAGAUCAUGGAAAUCUCGACAACAACGGGGGGAUGGUAGCACAAGAACAACACUCUGGGGUCAACAUGAUCACUGCAACCGCCAGUGACACAAUCACCCUACACACAGCAUCAACCCCAAGGAAAGUCUAUGACACACGGGACUCUGGUCCCAGCUCUAGUUACAGCGCUGGACACAGCUCUGUGACACAGAUUGACUUUGACGACGACAAGUACCGGCGACGACCAGCACUCAGCUGGUUUGCACAGAUUCUCAAAAAUCGGACGGGUUCAAAGAGGACAGGCCUGUCCUGGAAACAGAGGGUCUUCAUGCUCCUUCUGGUUGGAGUUCUGGGAUUCUUUACCUUGAUUAUCAUUAUGGCUAAACUGGGCCGUGCUUCAGCUGACUCCGACCCCAACUUAGACCCCCUACUAAACCCCAACAUCCGAGUGGGCAAAAACUGACCAGCACCCAACUCCAUGUCCUGGUGAGUGUUGAACAUGGGGCCGAUCUAAGUCCAUCUAAGAUGGUGGGACCAGUAGAGGCAGAGAGGCACCUUCUCUCUCGGAUAUGAAAGAAGAGGACAGGAUGAUGCGUUUUUGCCCUGCAAAUGAUGAUAACCUUAUACCCUUUUCCCCUCUUUGGGAUAGGCAGGUGCAAAUUUCCUAUUCAUCUACUACUAAGAACGAAUGAGCUAUAUAACCUGUGUGUGUGUGAACACAUUCAAUUAUUUACAUUGCUUUUAGAGCUAUAUGUAAAAUUAAUAUAUUUUGAUCCACUGUACAUUAAAGUAACUGUCCAGUGAAAAUCUCACUUUAAGUUCAUACUCUAUUUAACUUUUACCCAAAUAAUGUUGUUGACUCAUCCUAUACUCAUAUUUGUGGCCAAAGCAUACAUUUUAAUUUUAAUAUUUUAAUCCAACACAAACUGAACUCAAACAGGCCGUUUAAAAAAAUGCUAGCUAUUUACUCAUAGAGGACGAUGUCAUCCCGAGGAUGAGCUGGUCAAUCAGCGCUUUACUCGCAUUAAUAUAUAUUUUUUUCCUUCCAAAUUACUCAUUGUAAUUCAUUCUAGGUCAUAUUUAAUAUAAAUCUGGGAACACUGGACAGUUACUUUAAAUGAGAUUGCAGUGAUGGUAAUAAAGGUGAUGGGAAAACAGAAAUACUGUUCUAUUAGAUAUGGCACACAAAUAUGGCUUGUUGCAACAUCUGCUAAAAACAAAGGUAUUUUUGGAGUGGGCAUCAAUAACAGUUGUUCAAGUUACUUGAGUGAGUGUGAGGUUUGUGUUGAACUGGAAGAAUGCUGUGUCUGACAUUCACAUACUGUUUUUGAAUGUUGAUUAAAUCUUAAAGUAUGUAAAUAUAGAAAUUGAAUGAAUUACGGUGAAUUUUGUGUUGAACUGGAAUAAAUGAUUCUAACCGAUUGUCUCCCAAAUUCUGAAUGCAAUAUAAGUUGUAAUAUUUGGACAAAGAAAAUGUAGAACAGAUAGUCUGAGGAUAUUAAAAUUGAGUAGUUGUUAACCCAAGGGACAUUGUUCAUUUUGGUAUAGCAUUAAAAUAACAUGGAGUACUUUUCUGUAUGUAAAUCAGAGAAGCUUCAUUUUACCAAGUUAUGUUUCAUAUGGUAUGUAUUAAUCUGUGGAUGUCCAUCACCCAUUUCAUGACAUGUUACGAAUUUGCUAAACGUAUGAUAUGUUAUGAAAUCUAGAUAGGUGGUUAACAUUAGCUAGGCCUGGGAUAAAGGUGAGGGUUAGAUAACAUGCUAAGUAGUUGUAAAGUUGCUAAUUAGCUAAAAUUCUAAAGUUAUCUGUGAUGAGAUUUGAAAUCUCACCCAUCCAACACGACCAACCACCCUACUUUCAAUUAUGCCUUAAGUAAUCAUCUGUCUUACGUAACUAUACCAUACUGAACGUAUCAUAUUUUUUGGGCUUGCGGAUUUAUAUUCACUAUGUUACAUAUAGUCUAUGAGACCAGGCUGUGUGCUCAGACACUGUUUGACAGAGUGGGCUACUUUCAAAGAUCCUUAACUUGCUUCUCUUGAGUUUGAAGUGUUACUAAAGGUGUCUGCGUAUUGCUGUGGUUCAAAUUUGGUUGUAUAUUUGUACAUUCUUUGACCAUUUUAACUUGCCAUUUACAAAAACAAAGUGUUAGUGGGUAGGUGUGUUGCUAGGACCUCUCUUUUGAAAUCAUUGUGUUUGAGAUGUCCCAUUUUAUGUAUUUUAAAUCAAAUGUCUACAGUACCAAUAUCAAUUUGUUCUUAUCUUUGCACUUUUGUGAAAAAUUACAUACUUUCAAAAAUAUUUGAGGAAAAAUGACUCUUGCUGAUGCUUACUCUGCAGAAGACAGUUCUGUCAAUGUAAGAAGCUGUAUUUUUAUUUUUAAUUUGAUGUCCUUUUGAUAAAGCUGACUAUCCCUUUUGAUAAAGCUGACAACCCCAAUUUUGUUUUGCUGUGCUUUUCACAUUUAUCAAUUAAAUUAUACUCUUUGUAAAGACUUAA